UCAGGUGGCUGAGAGAUGCAGAAAUCUUGGCGCUAUACAAGGAUUUUCUGUUGACCCUGUGCUUAAGUGGGUGUCGCGGAACUUGACAAGCCCUGUGCUGAGAAAAAUGCUGGUAAUAUUAUCUCUCUACACUAGAGUAAAUGCAGUGCCUUGCUAAAGAGAGCAGUGCCACCACACAAAGGGGAAGCCACACAGAAUGUCUUGGGUCAAUGGCUUUAAAGCUGCAAGAGUGGACAACCAUAAGACGGCAUGGGGUGAGCGCAAUGGCAGGAAAUCAAGGUGUAAAAGGGGCUCGUCCCUGUGCAACCCACGCUACAUGAGCUGUCUACGGGACCCCGAGUCUAUGGAGCCCCCUUCGCAGCACUACUCCUGUGCAGCAGGGGGCGCCACCAGCAGCAACUUCAGCACACGCUGUGUUUGGCAAGAGGACCAUUAUGGCAGGAAGGGUGAUGUGGGCCUGAGAGCCGUGGACCUGGCGUUUGAAGAUUCUGAGACGAGGCAAACGAAAGAUGCUGAGGACCCCGAUGAUGGCGGAGAGGAGAGGAAGGUUCCCGACAGGUGUUUUUUGACUUGCUUGUUGCGUCUGGCUCACGUUUUUCAGUCCAAGAAGUUCAAGUCGGCCAAGCUCGAACGACUGUAUCAGCGGUACUUCUUCAGGCUCAACCAGAGCUCUCUUACGAUGCUCAUGGGGGUCCUGGUUGUGGUUUGCGGGGUUAUGCUGGCGUUCCACUGCGUUCAAGGUCCACCAGACGUGGCAUUCGCUUCGGUGCUCUCCGUAGCCAUGGGCCUGUUCUUAGCCUUGAUGGUGGUGUGUAACAGAAACGGCUUCCACCAGGACUACAUGUGGAUUGUGAGCUAUUUGCUCAUGGCAGUGUUAGUCGUGGUGCAGGUGUUUGGCUUGUUGAUGGUGGAUCCACCCAGUGUGUCUGAAGGGAUAUGGUGGACGGUGUUCUUCAUCUACAUCAUCUACACGCUGCUACCGGUGCGAAUGAGAGCAGCUGUGAUCACUGGAGCUUUAUGUGCCAAUGCGAUGAUUUUCCUGUGCACCAACAUCAUUGGCAUCUGCACACACUACCCAGCAGAGGUGUCUCAGAGACAGGCCUUCAAGGAGACCAGAGGAUACAUCCAAGCCAGAAUACACCUUCAGAGAGAGAACCAGCAGCAG